GUGUGUGGGGGGUGGUGGCGGCUGAGAAGCUAGGAUGGAUCAUUAAGUGUGUGAAGGUGGUGAGGGAAGGUUGUAGCAGCUGCUCUGGACCAUUGCUGUCUGCGUGUUCGUAUCUUCUUAUUUACCAGCAGACAGUCAAGGUUGAGAGGCUGCUCCACACGCUUGUUGCAGCCAGUCUGAGAGCGAUAGUUCCUGACAUUGAUGACGUUUUAAAGUAACCAAGAAGUCCAGUGCCGGAUAUAAGAAUGCUAGAGGGCUUUAGAUGGGGAAAACCUGUAUUAUAGGAAGUUUGACCCUCGGUGGUACUUGAUGAAGCACCAUUGUGGGGUCUUCUACGUGGAACCUCGUAUAGUCUUCCCUGAAAUACAGCAUGUCAGCAGACUCGAAUGCACAGACACUGAUCACUAACUAGAAUGUAAGGCUGUCAGGUAAGCCUUAUGGAGGUCAGCAUUAAGGCUCCUCCUGCAUCCCUCAGUUUGGUGAGGGAUGAGACGCACGUAAACAAAGAUUUGUGGUUCAAAACAUUUGUCAGUAUCUUUGAAGGCGGUGGGAUUCCAGGACUGCUGCAGUAAACACUUGUGAAGGGAAUUCUACGCGAGCUGAGAAUAGAGAUUACAGUAUGAAAAGUAUUGAUUGAAUCCAGUGUUAAUGUUCAGUACUUUGUUCUGUAGUGUAUGAAGUCCGGUGUUUAACUUAAACAAGCUUCUAUUAUUAUUAUUAGCAUGGACUGAUGAGUCCAUAUUAAUAAAGAAUUUCACUAGUUUCUUGUUAACACCCUAACAGUGCAAGAAACAUUUCAUCACUAUCUUGCCUACUGGACGCGCUGAGGGGGUGGAAGUUCGGAUAUAGAAGGUCCUGGUUGUGGUGGCCAACAGUAAACACGAACGUGAAGAAGCUAAGCCAGAGAUGUCAUCACCAAAAUCUCCUAAAUCAGCACUCAGCAAGAUAGGACUGGGACGACCCCGGCCUCUCAGGAUCCUGGUUCUGGGACAGUCUGGCGUCGGCAAGUCAGCUUUGGUAGUAAGAUAUAUCACCAGGAGGUAUAUCGGGGAGUAUGACCCAUGCCUGGAGCGGAUCUACCCACACAUGGCUGUCAUUGACGGAGAAACGCUGGCGUUAGAGAUACUAGACUCUGCUGGACAGUCACAUGAGACAGACAGCGUGCGUCUUGAAGCUAACAUCCGCUGGGCUGACGUCUUCGUCUUAAUGUACUCGGUGACUGACAAGUGCAGCUUCGAUGACUGCAACAGACUCAAGUUUCUCAUCAACUACAACAAGCGCAAGAGACGCAUACCCAGCCCGACCUCCAAGGACGGGUGUUGGGAGGUACCAGUGGUGUUGGUGGGAAACAAGAAGGACCAGUCUGGAGACAGGAUGGUCGACACUCAGGAGGGUUUCAAGCGCAGCAGAGACAUAGGCUGUCAAGCCUUCCAUGAGGUCUCCGUCAGAGAGAGCAUCGAUGAGGUGUCAUGGGUCUUCGAGGACACUGUUCGGUACUGGCGCGAAGUAGUGAAAACCCCGAAGCUUCGCCGUGCCUCCUCCGAUUUGCAUGACCUCCCCACUGAGCCUCACAAAGCUGUCCAUCCCCCCGGCAGUGUUCCAGACUCACCAUCAGAGUCACGGUGGGUGUCGCUGGUACUACGUAUGCGUGGACGGAAGACAUCGCAGGAGAGCCCAGAGACGGAGGCUGGUCCUCAAGAGCAGCCCUUCAGGAGUCGUGCCUCCACCGACGGUCACCUCCACCAACGUCGCCUCUACAAGCUCAGGAUGAGCCUCAACCUUCGGGCUUUAAACCUCCGUGAGAGGAGGAUGAGCAUUGCCAUGCGGGGUGCUACGUGUGGAUUUUGAGUAUUACAUUAUCUGAGAAGUGCUACACCCUCAAUACCCUGGAUAAUGGGGGUAAUCAGGUUUGAUCCAAAUGGGAGGGUACCUUAAAUUCCUUGGAUAAAGGGACUUUCAUAAACAUCAAGGCAACCCUCUCCCCUCUUCAAGGAAUCUUACC